UUGUCAUUUCACUCGGCUCGGUCCUGAGGAGAAGGACUCAGCCGCGGCUGCUGAACCCGGGCACCGCGAGGCGGUGGCAGCGGCGGCGGCGGCGGCGGCAGCGGCGACAGCAGAGGAGGAAGGAGGAGAGAAGAAGAGCCAGGCGGAGUCCGCAACUACGACAGCGGGGACUGCGGGACCGGGGUAAAGCGACGGCGGCGGCGACGACGGCCCAGCAACCGUGAGGAGAAACAAAAGCCUUCUAAAUUACAGUUUUUUAAAAAAUCUGGGGGAUAAAAGAGAGAGAGCGAGCAAAGGGGGGAAGGCCCUUCUCUUUUAGAGUAACUACGCUGGUGGGGUUUUCCUGUUUUUCCUCUUUUUUCCCCCCUGCGGAGAAUCGAACUGAGAGAACUGAACAAACCGCCCCUGGGUCCCAUGAGGGAAAAAAACCCCGGAGCCGCAGAGAGGGGUAGAGGCCGAAACCGCAGGACCUUCCAGGUCGCCCCCUUGGUCCCCGCACCCCGGGGCCGCCAGCCUGUCCUCGUCGAGUCUCGCUAAUCCGUCCUGAUCGCGACACCCCCAAGAGGGAGAAACGGGUGUUUCCAACCCAUUUCAUGGGGGAGAGGAGGCCGGGGGGAGCCCCAGGAACAGCGACCGCAGCAAGAUCUGCACCCAGAGCUUCAGGAACAGCCCCAGAGGCCAAAACUGCACCCCGUGAAAGAUCAGAAACAGGACCAGGAACAGCAGAAACUUCCCUGCAAUCAUCUUUCCAUUAGUCAAUGCUGAUUUCCUCUCCCGCAACCAGGAAUUCGCCUCCCACCCCAAAUAACCUAAUAUAAUCUAUAUAUAUAAAUAUAUAAUAUAUAAUGUUCUUAAAUUAUUCCUGAUUUUUUUAACCAGGCUGCCAAGAAAAGAACGUAUUCUCCCCUUAGCCCUAUUCUAAUUUUUAUGUGAGUGAAUCUAAACUGCUGAAGAAGACCAUAUGUGAUUGUUAAAUUAUAUAUAUAUAUAUUUUUACUCCGCGCAAUGCUUAUUCUUCUACAUCCAUAGAUGCUUGAGAAGCUGUGUUUUUGUCAUUCAUGUACGUUUUCCUUUGGAAAAAGAAAGCGCCUAUUUUACUAACCAAAGACUUGAUUUUUACCCUCUUCGUUUUUAUUCCCUCCUAGAAUAAGUUGGAUUCAUGUCAAUGUUUUAAGACAUUUUUUUUUUUUUUAGUUUUUUUCUUUUUUCUUUCAGAGACCAGAAUUCCAAAUCUGAACUAUUUAGGGUGAUAAGCUGCGAUCUUUGAGCUAGCUAAAAAUAAGACAUUUCAAACAAGCAACUUAAAUUUGGGGUAGAGGAUACAAAGGCGUGAGACAUCAGGUUGUUGUUUUUUUUUUUUUAUCAUAAGAUUCUGAGCCUAAAAAUAAUAAAUGGGGGAUUACGGGUUUGGAGUGCUAGUGCAAAGCAAUACUGGGAAUAAAUCUGCUUUUCCAGUCAGAUUCCAUCCACAUCUGCAGCCUCCACACCAUCACCAAAAUGCCACCCCCAGUCCCGCUGCUUUUAUAAAUAAUAACACAGCUGCCAAUGGCAGCAGUGCCGGGUCAGCUUGGCUCUUUCCUGCUCCGGCUACCCAUAACAUUCAGGAUGAGAUCUUGGGAUCAGAAAAGGCAAAAAGUCAGCAACAGGAACAGCAAGACCCUUUAGAAAAGCAGCAGCUCUCCCCAAGUCCAGGUCAGGAAGCUGGAAUACUGCCUGAAACUGAGAAGGCAAAAUCUGAAGAAAAUCAAGGGGACAAUUCUUCAGAAAAUGGCAACGGGAAGGAGAAAAUAAGAAUCGAAUCACCGGUGUUGACAGGGUUUGAUUAUCAAGAAGCCACGGGGCUAGGUACUUCAACCCAACCCUUGACAUCUAGCGCGUCGUCUCUUACUGGUUUCAGUAACUGGUCAGCAGCGAUAGCGCCUUCUUCCUCUACAAUCAUCAAUGAAGAUGCAAGUUUCUUUCACCAGGGAGGGGUUCCGGCUGCUUCGGCUAAUAACGGUGCUCUGUUGUUUCAAAAUUUUCCCCAUCAUGUCAGCCCUGGCUUCGGAGGCAGUUUCUCUCCUCAGAUCGGGCCUCUCUCACAGCACCACCCUCAUCACCCUCAUUUCCAGCAUCAUCACAGCCAGCAUCAGCAGCAAAGGAGGUCUCCUGCCAGUCCCCAUCCCCCACCUUUCACACAUAGAAAUGCUGCUUUUAACCAGCUGCCUCAUUUGGCGAAUAAUCUUAACAAGCCCCCCUCUCCAUGGAGCAGCUACCAGAGUCCCUCUCCUACACCGUCUUCUUCCUGGAGCCCAGGAGGUGGUGGAUAUGGUGGCUGGGGAGGUUCCCAAGGCCGAGAUCACCGCAGAGGGCUAAAUGGAGGAAUAACGCCCCUGAACUCCAUCUCGCCUUUGAAGAAAAAUUUUGCAAGCAAUCAUAUUCAGCUCCAGAAGUACGCUCGCCCCAGCUCUGCCUUUGCUCCUAAAUCCUGGAUGGAAGAUAGCUUGAACAGGGCUGACAACAUUUUUCCUUUUCCGGUAAGAUUAUGUUCCAUUAAUAGAUUAAGAUGAAAUAAGGAAACGGCA